CUUCAGAACACCAGUUGUCUCAGGCUUUUACUUUGUGUAGUUGAAACUCCGGAAUGGCUUUCAAGGCUGAAAUCAAGUCUUUAAAAAAUGAGGUUGCUAAAGAAGCACCAUCGAUCAUCCACAAAGCUGGCAAGCCUUACAGUACAAAAGUUGUCUCCGUGGACACUCUUGUUGGCCCCAAAGGCGGGCUCGGAGAGGUUUGUCAUAUUAUACUUGAUCACGGAGGCCUAUUUCAUUUCGUGGAAGGCCAAUACCUUGGAGUAAUUUUACAUCCGGAUGAUGAUGAUGAUUCAUUGCAUACCCCGUUUCGCGUUAUAAUUCACGCUUUCUCCAUUGCAUCAUGCAGAGAUGGAGAUUCUUUUGAUGGUGAGAAGCUCAGUUUGUGUGUUCGUCGUGCAGAACUAUCACCACACGAUGCCAGUAACUUCCUCUGUAACCGUAAAGAAGGAGAUGAAGUUGAUAUUAUAGGCCCUUUUGCGAAAACAAUGGUAUUUCCAGAAAAUCCUGAAGCAAUGCAUAUCAUGGUUGCAACUGCAACUGGUAUUGCUCCUUUUCGUAGCAACAUCCAACGAUUGUUCGUAGAUCCACAAGUACCAAAAGGUAAAUUCAAUGGUUUGGCCUGGUUGAUCAAUGGAGCCGACAACUAUAACACCCUCCUUUACAACAAGGAAUUCACUUGUAUCCUGAAGGACAAUAUUGACCAUUUCAGGUAUGAGACGGCCUUGAAUAACUCUGUGGCCGACCGCAUCUACGAGAACGGUGAUGAAAUUUUCACGCUUUUGGAUGAAGGUGCAUAUAUAUAUUUUGCUGGAUCAAAGACAAUGAUGCCUGGAAUUCUGGAGACAUUUCAGAAAAUGGCUAAGGAAAGAGGUGUGAUUUGGGAAGAGAUGUUAGCCCGGUUGAAGAAAAAUAAUCAAUGGCGUGUUGAAGUUUACUAGAUCAUAACUUCAACCCAAUGGUUUUAUGUUAAAUCAGCUGUGGCAAUGGUAUUGAGUAAUGUCUUUUAUUUAUCAUAGAUUAAUAAGUGCCACUUGCGUUUGUGUUUGUGUGUUUUGUGUCUGUGUCUGC